CUAAGUCAGUUCAGGCGAUGUGUGAGAGAGUCAGCUAUUCGGAUCGCUUUUUAAAAAACGAUUAUUUCUGAGUGAAUAAAAAGUUGAAAGAGAAGUGUAUUACUGGCGCAAUAGUCCUCAGAAUUCACAGCACGUGGCUACAGCCACUGUCAUGCACGGUUAAGUGUGGCUGUGGGCUAUAAAUGGACCUUUGACUGGAAUUUAUUUCACUCUUGUAAUCAGAGGUUUGUCAUGGAGACCCUCUACGCCAAAGCGCUUUACGACAACGUGGCGGAGAGCCCCGACGAGCUGGCCUUCUGCAAGGGCGACGUGUUGGCUGUGCUGCAGCAGACAGUGCCCAGGAACGUUGGAUGGUGGCGCUGCUCCCUGCUGGGGAAGGAAGGCCUGGUGCCAGCCAACCGCCUGUGCCUGCUCCCGGCUGAGACCAGCGUGCACGCCGGGGCCCAGGGCAUCUACCAGACCCCCGGAGCCCCGCGCACGCUAGCCGCCAGCCCGACGUACGAGGUCAUGGAACGCAUCUGCAACGAGCACACCACGCCUGUGAAACAACGCCUUGCUGACAUCCAGCGGAAAACCCAGAACAUCCAGGUGGUGCUCCAGGGAAGCAGAUCUCCUCGCAAGAUGUUUCACGCUAAGUCCAGCCCCAAGUUGGACGUCUACGAUGUGCCGAAUCUCAUGAAAAGAGGCUCGUGGGCUACACAAAUGCCAUCACCUCGAACUUCAGCUCAGAAACCCACCACGAUGUCAGCGGUUCCUCAGGGAAGAUAUGAAGUCAUGGCCUCCUGCAGACCAAGUCAGACAAUCGGCUCUGCUGUACCACCAUCAGUUUUGCAGGAUCCCAAUUAUGAUAUCAAAGCGCCUUCUAUCGGUGAGUUUCACCAGGCGGUCGCCUCCGGCUCCAGCACCCUGCCCAGCUCGCUGAAACCCGAAUGGAUCUACGAUGUUCCCCUGGCAUCCAAUAAGGCCUGUGGUAGCCCUGGUUACCUUGGCGCUAGCAGUAGCCUAGAUAAACAGCAUGCUGGCACGCUACUAGCGUAUCUGUCACCUACGUCGCCCUCUAUGCUCUAUGACGUCCCAAAGUCCAACGUCACCAUGCAGCAGGGCACGGACCACAUCUACGACGUCCCGCCCGCCGCCCGGUUGAGGAAACCCAGCCUGGACGCGGCCGCACUCGGUCAGAGGAGAAGCCUCGACAAUUCUGACCGGGCCGUCGAGCCCCUGGAGUACAGGGGCAAGAGCGGCCCUGUGUACGACCUCCCUCGGGGUCGGCCGCCGUGGGGCAUUAGGCCCAGCGUGGAGUGCGAGGUGGAGAAGGCGAGAGGCAUGCCCGUAUCUAGCAGCCAACGGAGCUCCAUGGCGUCCACCUCCUCGAGUGCCUCAAGCUCUUCCAGGAGCUCGUGCGACUCUCUCAUGCUGAGCUCCCCCUCCCCGGAGCCUCUAAGGGAGAUCAUGCUGUCUCAGGAGGAGGUGGCCCAGAGAUUGCUCCAGCUCCAAGGUGCUGUGUUUCGGGCCGUGCCUGCACUCAUGGACUUCGUCAGCAGCAACUGGAGGUGUCGCGAGCACCUGAGCCAGCACCUCCAGGAGAUCCGCUCGGCGGCGGAGGCCGUGGCCAACUCCGUCUCCGGUUUCCUGGACUUUGCGCUGGACUUAAGGGGAAACGCCCGGCGGCUGACUGACUCCAACCUGCAGGCCAGGCUCCAGAAGCAGCUCUCCAUCGUGGAGGACUCAGGCCUGAUCCUGCAGCAGGCUGUGGACACUCUGGGAGGUCUAGGCUGGCCUCUGGAGGACCUGGCCCAGGACCCGGCCCAGUCGCAGGCCCCUGACCAGCUGGAGCGUUUCGUCAUGGUGGCCCGCACAGUGCCCGAGGACGUGAAGCGGCUGGUGUCCAUCCUCAAUGCUAACGGCAAGCUCCUCUUUCGAAACACUUCGAAGGAGCAAGAGUCGGUGAAAGACACCAGCCCCGCGGACACGGUCACGAGCGCUGGCAAGAAGGAACCACCUGCAGACGACAACGACUACGUCCAGCUCCAGACAAAGACAGAGUUCGAAGAGCAACGGCAGACGAAAGGGAAAAACGAGAAGAAAACAGAUGCAAACAUGGAAAACGAGAAAAAGCAGGUUCCCAAACCACAGCCUGGGAGUCCUGCCAGCAAAAGCCAAACUGCCGGCAGGUCCUCCUCGACGGACCACUGUCGCCUGUACUUCGGAGCGUUGAAGAAGGCCAUCGCUGUGUUCUUGAGCAGCCUGGACCAGGGGCACCUGCCAGAGAAGUUCAUUGGCCACAGCAAGCUGGUGAUCAUGGUGGGUCAGCGGCUCAUAGACUCGCUGUGCUCUGAGGUCCAGGGCAGACCGCACAGUCAGGACAUCCUGUGCAAGAGCAGUCAGCUGUGUGCUCUGCUCAAGCAACUGGCCGUGGCCACCAAGAAGGCCGCGUUACACUUCCCUGAUAAAGUGGCGAUACAGGAAGUGCAGGACUUUGCCAAAGAGCUAUUUGUGUGGGUUCAGCAAUUCCGCUCGACUCUGGAUAUCUAAGGACUCCACAUGUGUACAGUGUCACAGGAACAGAUCGCCAUGGUCACCUAAAGGUGCACGUGGAUCUAAAUGACUGUUAUUUUGUUCGUUUAUGUAUUUUAACGCCAGGUCUUGUAUCCAUGUGACAUCAACAAGGGGGACCAUUGUUACUUAUUGCUGUUCUCCCUUGAACUGUUCAGGCUCUAAUAAAGGAACAAUGGAACAGCUGCAUGUUGGUUUCUGUCACAGGUGGCCUACAGGUGUGACCCAGCGUAUUCAACCCAAUAGGUUUUCUAAUAGGUGCUAUGGGUACAGUAGAUAGCCUAACUUCAGAAUGCCCCCCCCCCACACACACACACAAAUGCACUUUUGUAAUUUCAAAUGUUGUAGCCAAAAUUUAGUGAGAAUAAUUAUGUAUGUGUACUCCAAUGGAAUAGCAGAGGAAAAUACUGUAUGUAACUAUUUUUGUACAUUUUAGCAAAUUUACUGUCUGAGCACUAUGGAAAUAUUUUCCUUAAAUGCUGUGAAAUUUCUUUUUUAAAAAAACAAAACAAAAAAACUUUUGUAUCUUUUGUAUGCUUACUGUUUCUUUAGAUAUUUUGUAAAAUAUAUAUUGUUUGUUUUCAACAACUGCAUUAGUGAACCUUUUUUUCUUGAUCAAUAUGA